UCUACUUUUUUACCAUCGCACCGUGCCUUAGGGGACUAGGCGACUAAUCUUUUGAAUACAAAACUAUGCACCUUCCCUCCCUCUCGCUUGUUCUUUAUCCUAGCAACUAUAAACAAGGCAGCUUAUUCUCAUUUUUUAGCAGCUGCAGCGGUGGCAACAAUGGAGAAUGGAGAUGCAUCCAUGAGAUCGCACCAAAUCUAGCGACCAAAAUUCUUGUUCAGUCUCCUUUCUCUCCUUCUUCUCGUCUCUUCCUCCAUCUCCCAUGGCUUCCAAAUCUCCAAACACAGCUCAAUUCCUCAAAUGAGCAGCUCAUCCAGCAGCAAGAUAAGCCCGGCGCUCCUCAUCGUCAUCGUCGUCCUCGCGGUCGCCUUCUUCGUCUCUGGCCUCAUCCACCUCCUCUUCCGGUUCGUCUUCAAGAAGCGCCGCCGCCUCCGCCGCCGUCGCCGCCCUCCGCCUGCUGUGGAGGACGGCGGCGGUGGCGGCGACGGCGAGUCGCCGGGGCCCGACCGGCAGCUGCAGCAGCUGUUCCACCAGCACGACUCGGGGCUCGACCAGGCCUUCAUCGACGCGCUCCCGGUGUUCCUCUACACCGACCUCGCCGGAUCCAAGGAGGAGCCUUUCGACUGCGCUGUCUGCCUCUGCGAGUUCGACGCCGCCGCCGGCGACGAGCUCCGCCUGCUCCCCGCCUGCGGCCACGCCUUCCACCUCUCCUGCAUCGACACCUGGCUUCUCUCCAACUCCACCUGCCCCCUCUGCCGCGCUUCCCUCUCUCAAGGACCUCCCGUCGAAGACGUCGCCUUCGACUCGAGCGACCAAACCCAAGACGACGAGGAAGCCGCCGGAGAACCUCACGAACCCGCCGUCGAAGAAACAGCCGCCGAGAAGAAGGCAUUCCCGGUGAGGCUCGGCAAGUUCAGGAACCUGGACGACGGCGCGGGCGUCAACGGCGAGGACAGCGGGAGAACUCUGAUGGGGAAUUGGAGGUUGGAGGAAGGCGAGAGCAGCAGCAGCAGCCUCGACGCGAGGAGGUGCUUCUCCAUGGGAUCGUACCAGUACGUGGUCGCCGACGCCGAGCUCCACGUGGCUUUCAAGAACUGCUGCGCCUCCGCGAGCAGAGGACGGGAAGCGAAAGCCCCCGGCUGCGCCGUCGCCGAGUCGGCGGAGGGGAAGCGACUCGGCGUCGGCGGCCGGCGGGAGAGCUUCUCGGUGUCCAAGAUCUGGCUGUGGAGUAACAAGAAGGGCAAGGUGGCCGUGCCGCCUCCUGAUGCCUCUGAUCUCGAAGCAAACUUGCCAUGGAAGAAGACGACAGCAAUCGGCGAUGCUUGAUUCUUCUCGUCAAGCCAAGAACACAGUUUUUUUUUUUCUCUUUUUUUCCCUACUGAUCGUUACUAAAUUGCAAACAAAUUCCAGUGAGUGUUCGUAAUA